UACAUUAUGGAUCUUAAUAUAGUGAUAGAGCAUUUUUACCCUAAAAUCUGAAAAAUUCUAAUUGUUGUCUAAGAAAUCAUGAAUUUACCUGCCUGUUAAUAUUCAAUCAGGUUGGUAAAUAACUAGUCAUGCGUGCGGGAUUUCGUCCCGGGAGGGGGGUGGAGAGGUGAUGAGUAGAGGGUGCAUGAUCUCGCCUAGGGCGCCAACUUGGCAAGGAGAGAACAGACUGUUCUGUUCAGACAGUUCAAGGUGAAACUGAAGAUGUACCAUAAGAAAUUUAUAGUUUAAGUACUUUAUUAUGUCACUGAAACAUGAGUGGUUACUGUAGUUGUUUAUGUGGCGACUUUCCUUCCUUUUGUGCAAAGUCAACUGGGAUGUGGUCAGUUCAAACAGUUCAGAAUAAUGGGUGGAUGGAUGUUGCACAGGGCAGCUUUCAGAAAAACAUAUGAUCAAGUGAUUUAAAUACAGUAUAUGUGAAAAAUAUUUUAAGAAAUACAAUUUCUUAUUAUGUGGUUCCAGAAGCAUCCUGGUUUGAUUUCUGUGGUGGAAAUUUUACAUAAAGAAGCAGAUGAGAGAGUUGUCCUUUUGUGUGAUUUAUUGAAAUAAUAAAGAAAAUAAAAAUAAUAGGGAAAGCAAAUAAAAAGCAUAGAUGUUGAUCGUGCACAUCAACAAACCAAAACCCAGCUGGGGAGAUCAGUGCACACACCACGAAGGUGUGAUGCCCACGAUCCUCAAGUUGCUUCUGCCUUUUAACCCCUUUCCCUGGCUCUGGUGGAAUGUCUCUCUGCAGCAAUGGAAUUGUUUGCGCCACCUUAUCUCGCUGUGAGAAUGUUUGCUUUCUCACUUCUGCAUCAUCAUGUCUUGUUAUCCAAGGGAAGGAACACCGAGCUUCCAAGACAAGAUGCAUUCGCUUUAACAGCCUUGGGUCUGGUGGGGAGUCAGAUAGGAAGGAGCCAGAGUCCGGGUGUAAAAGAGAAACAUACAUCAUAAAUUAUUAGUCAGUUAAAUGGAACAUCAGAUCUUUAGACUUGAUGUACGACAGGGCGCAAGAGAUUAUUUGUUUGUGUAAGAAUGUUCAGUAUUGCACCUAACCAGCACAUGACGACUGUGUUGGAUAAGAAAUAGCACAAAGGCAACAUUUUUCCAUUACAACCACAUCAGAGAAUGGCAUCUAGAGAAGGACCAGUACAACAUCCUCUUCCUCACCUAUGAAGACAUGCUUCUGGACCUGAAGGCAGCUGUAACCAAGAUCUGCGGCUUCUUGGGGAAGAACCUCAGUGAAGAAGCCAUUGAGCAAGUCGUAGAAAAAUGCACCUUCAAGACAAUGAAGAAAGAUCCAAAAGCCAACUACAAGUUUCUGCCACAAGAGAAGAUGAGUGGUGAUUUUAUGCGUAAAGGUCAGAUUGGUGACUGGAAGAACAUGCUCUCUGCUGCUCAGAGUGAGUGGGUUGAUCAAAUACUGCAGCAGAAACUUGGUGACCUAUCACUGAAGCUCAUCUGGGAAUAAUUAAAUAAAUAAAAUAAAUUGUUUUCUGAAUGAAUUUUAUUACUUCUGAAUGAGAAAUUCAUUCUUGCACAUAUGAAAAACAAUGAAAUAUUACCAUUACCAGUUUUACAAUAUUUAACAGUAAUAUUUUACAAUAAAUUCUAAUAUUGUCACUUCACAGGAUUUAAUUAAAUUAUUAAGCAGUAUAAUACAGUAUUAAAACUUAACAAGUGCAGGAAAAGGUGGCCAGUGCCUCACUUAG